CGCGGUCCGCGACUCUAGUCGGGUCUGAUCGACGCGACCCUUAUUCAUGGUUUUUAACAGCUUUUAAUUCACAUAAAAAUGAAGAAACGAAUUUUCAAUAACUUAAUUCUAGCCAGUGCCAUUCGCAUCUUUCUUAUGCGCUCCAAUUAUCAAAGUAUUAUUAGUGAACGGGUGGAAGUAUCAACAGCAUUAAACUCCUGGAAAAGAGUAACAGAAGGAGUAUACCUGCGUAAUCAAGGUAUCGACCCCUACAGUGGCGAUGUUUUCCACGAGACUCCUAUCGGCCUGGCCAUAUUUGCAUCGUUGCAAAUGCAUUUAUCAAAUUGGGCACUAUGCGUGCUGUUUAUUUUAACCGACCUUGCAACGGCAUUAUUCCUUGCUGCGACGGCAAAAUUAUACAUUCAGGAACUAAUCGUUAAGGAAAAAGAAGAAAGGACACAUUUUGUCAAUGACACUAACGAGAAAUCACAGACUUCCAUGGGUGAUAUUAGUUCGACAGCUGUCAUUUAUAUACCUGCAGCUUAUUUAUUCAAUCCUUACGUUGUGUUGAAUUGCGUCGGGUUCACCACCACUGUAUUUACAAAUUUUCUUUAUUCCGCUGCCUUAUAUUUUAUGAUAAGACAAUGGACAGUUGGUAGUUCCUUGGCUAAUGCACUACUUACGUUGCAAGGUCUUUAUCCGGUAAAUCUCAUGAUUCCAACGAUUAUCUAUUCCUCUAGGGGAAAAAAUGGACACGAUGUAUUGUGGGUUAUUGUAAAAACGAUAUUGAUAUAUUGUAUCAUAUCGAUUGCAUUACUGUCCAUUUCGUAUUAUAUAACGGGGAGCUGGUCUUUUCUUAGAAGUACCUUUGGUUUCAUUUUAACAGUGCCAGACCUUAGGCCAAAUAUUGGUUUGUAUUGGUACUUCUUUACGGAAAUGUUCGAGCACUUUAGGUGGCUCUUUGUCGCUUCGUUCCAAAUAAACGUUGGUACGCUGUACGUAGUACCUUUGGCACUGAGAUUAAGAAGAGACCCUUUGCUUUUGGCUUUCUCAUUUUUGGCAAUUACGUCUAUAUUUAAGUCAUAUCCGUGCAUAGGUGACGUGGGAUUUUACAUGUCUCUACUGCCACUGUGGAAACAUUUAUUUCGUUACAUGCAGCAAGGCUUCGUCAUUGGCUGCUUCAUACUCUUCUGUACAGUCUUUGCACCAACAGUUUGGCAUCAGUGGAUUUAUUCUAGAUCAGCGAAUGCUAAUUUUUAUUUUGGUGUAACGUUAGCCUUUGCAAUUGCACAAAUAUUUCUCUUAACGGACGUUCUGUUUACAAGCAUAAAACGUGAAUUCGUCACACGCCAUGGUUUUGGCGAUGAAAUUAAUGGAAACAAGGUGAAAUUUCUUCUGGAAUAAGUCACACGUGUCUGCCUCAGACCAAGGAUAAUGUACUGAAACCAUCCUACGGUUCUAUUAAUAUUAACUAAGCCAAAUUCCAAUUUAAAAUAAACUUGUUACCUAAAGAA